AUGGUGAACAAUCUGAAGAAAGUUGCUGAAGAGGUUAAAACUGAAGCUGUUGAAGAUGAGGAAGUGAAGAUAGAAGAAGAAGUUGUGAAAAAGAUUGUUGUGAAUGAAACGUUUGAGAAAGCUGUUACUAAAGAACAGCAGAUUGGAGAAGAGGUGAGGAAAGAAGAAGGAGAAGUUAAGAAUGAGAAUUUGGAAGCUGAUAAUGCUGGUGAUGAAGUUGGUGUUGAAGAAAAGAAGAAUGAUGCUGAGAUGAAGCAGACAGAGGCAGCUAAAAACACCGAGGUGCCAAUCACUGAGGUGCUUCUGAAGAAAACUGAAUGUCAACCAAAGGAGAAUCGAAGCAGCCUGGCACGUAAGGAAGAGGCUGCUAAUCCCUGCGAUGGUUAA